CCUCUGCUUACCCUUUACUCGGUCUCUCCCUAAGUGCUUGAAACCGCAUCACCGCAUCAACCUUCAACCAUGAGCGCAUCCACCGGGGAGGGUACUGGGGGCGGUGGGGACGGAGUCAAAGACGAAAAGUGGAGGGACCAGCCCGGUCAAUGAUGACAACGGUGCAGUGCCCGCAGAAUCCUGAGUUCGCGGACCCCGACCCGGAAUACAUAUACGAGUUUAUACUACCGGGCAAUUGCAUCAACUGGGACGAGGCGCUGCAAGACUUGGCUGCCAUCGUUCCCGGCGACGAAAACAACCGCCAGAUUUGCCUCUUCUUUCACCACGAAGUCUUUGUCGACAAGAUGAUCGAAAUGGUGAAAUCCGCACGCCUCCGGGGCAAAGCAAUCGUGCAUUUUUUGCGCUAUGUUGGGAUGUUUGAGACCCCAACGUCCACCCCUGCGGUUCGCCUUCACCAAGACUUGGCCACCACGGCGGCGCUCUUUCCAAAAGUGGGGCUUUGUCUGCAGGAGCUCGCAGCCGAUGAUGAGCGUGACAACAACCCUCAGUGGGCAGUGUAUGAGUUCACAAGCGUUCGAAUUCCCGCACAAAGCACUACCGAUCCGUCCGACGGUGGAUUUGUGGAAAGAACUUUGAUCUCGUUGUUCGGAUACGACAAUCUUGUCAACGUCCAGCAUGGGGGAUUCUUUGCCUCUUACGCGCCAAGCAUUGCACACCGGCAGCUUUUCCAAGGACUGAACACGUCGUUUGGACAGACCUUCGCGGCAACGGCUAUGAUUGGGAGACCGACGGGGACACAGUUCCUUUUCGAGGAUUUCCCACAAACCACCUACACCCCGCAGGUGGUAGCCCACUUCAACAACGUAUCUACAUUCAUCAGAAACAACCCUUCGACAUUAGCGAAUAUGGACUACGCUGAGCGUUGGAAUCAAUUCUUGAUCAAGAGUACGAUUUACCAGGUAUUUUAA